GUCCGACAAUGCAUGCUUAUGAUUCACGCAGUUUCUGAUCACACGAAGAAGGUUGAGCCAAGCGAAACGCCCUGCAACGCUCCCAGCCAUCCACCCAGACCCUCCUCCUUUACAUACCACAGCGUAGAGCCCACUAUUCUUCUCGGGAUCUAGAGCGCGCCCUCAAUAAGCAACCUGUUUGGCACAUCGGGACUGUAUUGUAAAGGUCCCGUGGUAUAGUCAGAAACUUGUUGAACGGGUGCUUGCCUGAUCAGGCGAGUGUAUCCAUCCUCUACACCGCGGUGUGGACUGACUUUUCGUUUCGUGGUGUCCAGAAUAUUUCCGUGUGGACUAUUAAACAUGGCAAGGUGGGCCAUGUCCUUCUUUGUGGGUCUUUUGACACUGUGUUCUUUAUCAACGUUAACUGAAGGCGCCUGUGCGACGAGCGGUUCUGAUGUCAUCCAGAUGUGUCAGAGCGGAACAACAACGGGGAGUAUCCUCUACAUCGACGCCAGCACCACCAUCCAGGGCAAUGAGCUAUGUUCCUGUACCGCUACUCAGUCCAGUGGUGGACAGGUGGAGAUAUAUGCUGUUAGGGGCUCAACCUUCAGUAGCUGUUCAGUACGAGUGGAUGUGUAUAAACAGAUGCCAAGCCAAUACUCCAACAUCUACAGCGUACACUGCCUGCAGGAUAAAGCGUACACCGGCAAUGUGGCGGCAAACACUGAUGUCAUGUACAACAUGACAGGUCCGGGAACCAUCGACGCCUGUGUCAUGAUGCGCACCUUUGCCACGGGGUCAACGAUAACAAUAACGUGUUCACCAAAGAUACAAAUCGCCACAACGAUUGCGCCAGUACCAACCACACAGAGGCCGACAACACAAGCACCAAUCACACAGGGACCGACGACACAAGCCCCAGUCACACAGGGACCGACAACACAAGCCCCAAUCACACAGGGACCGACAACACAAGCCCCAGUCACACAGGGACCGACAACACAAGCCCCAGUCACACAGGGACCGACAACACAAGCCCCAGUCACACAGGGACCGACAACACAAGCCCCAAUCACACAGGGACCGACAACACAAGCCCCAAUCACACAGGGACCGACAACACAAGCCCCAGUCACACAGGGGCCCACAACACCGACAACACAAGCCCCCCCAGUCACACAGGCACCGUCAUCACAAGCGUAUUUUAAUAUUAAUAAAUUCUAA